AUGGGCCGCCCAAAGAGGAACCUGCUUGCGACAGCUGAAGAGACCCUGACGCCGCCGGACACGCUGGCAGAGGGCGAGUCCAUUGCCCGAAUCGUCAAGGCUGCGGGCAACAACUUGUACAAUGCAGCGCUUCCAACGAGUCAGGCCAUCUUGGUCGAGCUUCCUGCGCGCUUUCGCUCUACCAUCUGGAUGAAGCGAGGAUCAUAUGUGCUGGUUGACACGACUGCCUUGGCCGACCGGGAGAACAAGUUGGAUGGGGAGAUCAUCAAUGUCGUGAGGGACGAGCGGGCAUGGAGGAAGCAGAAGUACUGGCCAGCUGAAUUCGCCAAAAAGUCGUCGUACCUCGAAGAUAGCGACGAAGAUGACUCGACGGUUGGCAAGCUACCACCGGAAAAAUUGGACGAAGAAGUUUGA